AAAAACUCGUAGUAUUCGGCUAACAUUACAGGGCACUGAGUUAACCUGCACCGGUUCUCCCACUUCUACCGAGUGGAGGUCUUCCUGGAGGAGGUGGAGUCCGGCCCUCAUGCACGCCCUUUGGCCCCGCCCUUCCGGGCUUUGCUUCCGGGGCGAUAAGGGCAGCCACGUCAUCCCCUCGCUCAGCUCGCCAGCCGGGCAGUGGCUCGUGGGAGCCAAGAUGGCGUCGGCAGCGGCAGCAACAGCAGCAGCAGCAGCAGUAGCAGCAAGUAUUCGGGAAAGGCAGACAGUGGCUUUGAAGCGUAUGUUGAAUUUCAAUGUGCCUCAUAUUAAAAACAGCACAGGAGAACCAGUAUGGAAGGUACUCAUUUAUGACAGAUUUGGCCAAGAUAUAAUCUCUCCUCUGCUAUCUGUGAAGGAGCUAAGAGACAUGGGAAUCACUCUGCAUCUGCUUUUGCACUCUGAUCGAGAUCCUAUUCCAGAUGUUCCUGCAGUAUACUUUGUAAUGCCAACUGAAGAAAAUAUUGACAGAAUGUGUCAGGAUCUUCGAAAUCAACUAUAUGAAUCAUAUUAUUUAAAUUUUAUAUCUGCUAUUUCAAGAAGUAAACUGGAAGAUAUUGCAAAUGCAGCAUUAGCAGCUAGUGCAGUAACACAAGUAGCCAAGGUUUUUGACCAAUAUCUCAAUUUUAUUACUUUGGAAGAUGAUAUGUUUGUGUUAUGUAAUCAAAAUAAGGAGCUUGUUUCAUAUCGUGCCAUUAACAGGCCAGAUAUCACAGACACAGAAAUGGAAACUGUUAUGGACACUAUAGUUGACAGCCUCUUCUGCUUUUUUGUUACUCUGGGUGCUGUUCCUAUAAUCAGAUGUUCAAGAGGAACAGCAGCGGAAAUGGUAGCAGUGAAACUAGACAAGAAACUUCGAGAAAAUCUAAGAGAUGCAAGAAAUAGUCUUUUUACAGGUGAUACACUUGGAGCUGGCCAAUUCAGCUUCCAAAGGCCCUUAUUAGUCCUUGUUGACAGAAACAUAGAUUUGGCAACUCCCUUACAUCAUACUUGGACAUAUCAAGCAUUGGUGCAUGAUGUACUGGAUUUCCAUUUAAACAGGGUUAAUUUGGAAGAAUCUUCAGGAGUGGAAAACUCUCCAGCUGGUGCUAGACCAAAGAGAAAAAACAAGAAGUCUUAUGAUUUAACUCCGGUUGAUAAAUUUUGGCAAAAACAUAAAGGAAGUCCAUUCCCAGAAGUUGCAGAAUCAGUUCAGCAAGAACUAGAAUCUUACAGAGCACAGGAAGAUGAGGUCAAACGACUUAAAAGCAUUAUGGGACUAGAAGGUGAAGAUGAAGGAGCCAUAAGUAUGCUUUCUGACAAUACCGCUAAGCUAACAUCAGCUGUUAGUUCUUUGCCAGAACUCCUUGAGAAAAAAAGACUUAUUGAUCUCCAUACAAAUGUUGCCACUGCUGUUUUAGAACAUAUAAAGGCAAGAAAAUUGGAUGUAUAUUUUGAAUAUGAAGAAAAAAUAAUGAGCAAAACUACUCUGGAUAAAUCUCUUCUAGAUAUAAUAUCAGACCCUGAUGCAGGAACUCCAGAAGAUAAAAUGAGGUUGUUUCUUAUCUAUUAUAUAAGCACACAGCAAGCACCUUCUGAGGCUGAUUUGGAGCAAUAUAAAAAAGCUUUAACUGAUGCAGGAUGCAACCUUAAUCCUUUACAAUAUAUCAAACAGUGGAAGGCUUUUACCAAGAUGGCCUCAGCUCCUGCCAGCUAUGGCAGCACUACCACUAAACCAAUGGGUCUCUUAUCACGAGUCAUGAAUACAGGAUCACAGUUUGUGAUGGAAGGAGUGAAGAACCUAGUUUUGAAACAGCAAAAUCUACCUGUUACUCGUAUUUUGGACAAUCUUAUGGAGAUGAAGUCAAACCCUGAAACUGAUGACUAUAGAUAUUUUGAUCCCAAAAUGCUGCGGGGCAAUGACAGCUCAGUUCCCAGAAAUAAGAAUCCAUUCCAAGAGGCCAUUGUUUUUGUGGUGGGAGGAGGCAACUACAUUGAAUAUCAAAAUCUUGUUGACUACAUAAAGGGGAAACAAGGCAAACACAUUUUAUAUGGCUGCAGUGAGCUUUUUAAUGCUACACAGUUCAUAAAACAGUUGUCACAACUUGGACAAAAGUAACACACAAAAACCUUACUAUGAUAAUCUACUUGGAAUGUGGAUAAAUGUAAAAAGAAAAGUUAGAAGAGCAGCAUAACAGUGUCCUAACAGUGAAAAUCAGUUAUUUGUUAAUUUUUAAGGAAAUUCUAUACUUAAUAUGUAUUGAUUAAAAUAAUAAAACGUUUCAGAAAUAAAAUUUCCACAUUGUU